AUGGCUUUCUUAGACUUCUCUCUCGUGGCACCGCGACCCGAGUUGAGAGCAGCAGCGACCAUAAUCGGCACCCUCGCCGUCGUCGUCGCCUGCGCCGUAUACCGCCAUCUGAAAUGGCCCGCCUAUAUUCUUCCAGGGCCAGCAUACGAAAGCUUCUUGUACGGGAGUGUCCCAGCACCUCAACCUUCUGACGAUGCGGCGUUGUAUCUGCACGAGUCUUGGUUCAAGAAGUACGGCCCGACGAUCCGUAUCUGGAACUCUUUCGCGAGGCCGGCAAUCAUUACGGUUGAUCCUACGGCGUUGAAGCAUAUCUUGCAUAGUCCGGCGUUUGAGAAGGGAGAGAGGUUGAAGAAUAUCCUUGGUGAUAUCAUUGGUGAAGGUCUGCUUUUUGUGGAGGGCGGUGAGCAUAAGAAACAGCGCCGCGUGAUGAGUCCCGCCUUUGGUCCACUGCAAGUAAAAAGGUUCACAGAGACCUUCAUCCGCAAGUCCCUCGAGAUGCGCGAUAUCUGGCUAGACAUGUGCGCCCGCGAUACGACGCGCAAGGACGGUUACCUUCGCAUCGACGCGUUCGCGUGGUUGAACAAGGUUACGCUGGACAUCAUCGGUCUUGCAGGGUUCGACUACGACAUCGACUCUUUGCAUGCGCCCGACGAACAUCCCAAUGAGCUGAACGAGGCCGUGCGGACGAUCUUCUCAUUCGAGGGCGGCUUAGCCACACUGCUUCAGUUCAUGAUUCCCGGCGCCCGACGCAUCCCCACCAAACGCGUCCGCGAACAAGGCAAAGCCCAGAAACAGAUCACCGCCAUCGGCAUGCGUCUCAUCGCCGAGAAGAAGCAAGCCAUCAUCCGUGAGAUCUCGAGAGGGGCGGACGCGCAGCUCGAGAAGAAGGAUAUUCAGGGUUCGGACUUGCUCAGUCUGCUUCUGAGGGCGAAUAUGGCGAGCGAUCUUCCCGAGAGCGCGCGGAUGAGUGAUAAGGAUAUUGUUUCGCAAGUGCCGACAUUCUUGAUUGCAGGGCAUGAGACAACCAGCACGGCAGUCACCUGGGCUCUUUACGCGCUGGCCUGCCACACAGAAGUGCAGCAACGACUGCGCGCCGAACUCCUCUCUCAUCCCACCGACACUCCCACUGAAGGCGAACUGAACGCCCUCCCAUACCUCGACGCUGUCGUGCGCGAAACUCUGCGCGCAUAUGCGCCGGUCUUCGCCACGGAUCGUACAGCGGUUAGGGACGAUAUCGUGCCGCUCCGGACACCCAUUGUCGGUACGGAUGGAGUUGUGAGGAAUGAGAUACACGUAUCGAAGGGCGAUAACAUCGUGUUCAUGAUUCAAGUAUUGAACCAAUGGGAGGAGUACUGGGGCGAAGACGCCCACCAGUUCCGGCCCGAGCGGUGGUCGCAACUCCCCGACGCAGUCAAAGAGCUUCCAGGUGUAUUCGGCAACAUGCUCACAUUCUUCGCUGGUACACACGCAUGCAUCGGCUACCGCUUCUCCAUCGCCGAGAUGAAAGCGCUGCUGUUCACUAUCGUGCGCUCUUUCGAGUUCGAGCUGCCUAUAUCGCCUAUGGACAUCAUGAGGAAGACGAUGAUCGUUGGGAGGCCGAGUUUGACGACGAAUCCGGCUGCGGGGAAUCAGCUUCCUCUGCUUAUCAGGCCUGUUAAUGCGUAG